AUGAAAAGUUCCGCUCAAGUCUUGGCUAUCGAACAGCGAAAAUCGCAGAAUAUAAAACGACAGCGUAUAACAGUAACAACCACAAAUGAACCGAAAUGCAAAGUAUUUAAACGAAAUGAUUCUGAAGAGGAAAAAAAUGUUAUGAUGAAUUCUCAUGUACCAACAACACAGCCAACAGAUGAUAACAUUUCCAUUCCAAGUUUAUUUGAAACUGAUACACUCAUGAUCACCACUGAUCAACCCGAUCAUGUUAUUCCAUUAGAUUUAUCUAUUUAUUCACCUACAAUAACUGUAAUGAAUGUUAAUGAAUUUGGUUUACUCUCGUAUUCAGUUAAAUUUAAACAUCACCAAGUGUUUAAUUUAUUAAUAAUGCAUUUAAUGUCUGUUUGGAUUCUAUUAACAGAUGAUUUAAAAUUCAGUAGUUUAAGUGGUAAUGAUAAUAUGAUUGAAUUCGGUUAUGGUUAUUAUAUGAAUCUGUGUUAUGGUGCCUUAAUCUCGAUGAACAAAUUUCUUUGUUAUUCUGAAACGUAUUUCUACCAAAAGAAGUCAGUAUGGAAAUUGUUAUUCAAACGAGAUCAGUUUGCAUUCGUAAUAGCUGAUCAUGAUAGGCAGACAAUCCAUGAGAUUAAAAAGGUCAUUACAAAGGAACACAUUAAACCAGGGGUUGUUAUUAAUAUUUCAGAAAACGGAUUUGUGGUGUAUGUUUGUAUCAAAGGAAAUCCAGCCGAAUAUGUAAAAACGAAAGGACCAAACAAAAGGUAUUGUCGAGUAAAUAAUCGUGAAGUUCAACCACAAUUCUCAGGCCUACGUUUGGCUAUUUCUACAACAAAUAAACUUGAUAAAUACCUACAUAUUGCAGACACGGCAACAAGAAAUGUACAACAGACAUUUAGAAAAUUUAUUAGUUUCUUCCAAUUCAAUAAAAUCCCAGUUUAUUUUAGCUCUAUUCAGUUCGAUAGAAAAGAAUCAACUGCUAAUUGUCAAGCACGAUUUCGAACAUUUUUGCCAAAUUAUUCAUAUCAAAUGUUAUUAACUAUUGGUGGUUGCCGUCUUCAAGAAAAGAUGACACAUCGUGUCAAUCAACAAUUGUUAGCAUUACAAAAUGAUAACGAAUUAUUUUAUCAUGUUUGUUUACGAUUGAUACGUUAUGCAUCAAAAACUUAUUUUCUUGAUAUAUUCAACGAAAUUCAAAACAUCUUAAAGGAUUAUAAUGAAUUUUAUAUUCAUAGCCUUUUUCGUCAAUCAGAAAAAUCAUCUGAAAUGAUACCAUAUGUUGUAGUAACACCAACAAUGACUAAAUUUUAUCCAUUUAAACGCGCUAAAUCAAAUCGGAUAUUUCGAGCCACGGACAAAUUCGGAGAGAUCAAGAAUUUUGCAUUAGUCGAAUUUAGAGAUGAUAACAAUAGUCAACUUCAAACAAGCGAUUUUUGUGAUCUUAUACAAUUAAUUGACAAUUGUCUUGAUAAAGAACAUGGGUUACAAAUUGGCGGUCGAUUCUAUCAAUAUUUCCACCAUGCACAAUCUCAAUUAAAACAAAAACAACUGUAUUUCUACUAUCAUGAUAAACAAAGUGGAUUUCUAUCAAUUGAAGAUGGUUAUGCAUGGAUGGGCAAUUUUACAAGUAUACGAAUUCCAGCUAAAUGUGCCGCACGAAUGUCGCAAUGUUUCUCUACUACCGAAGCAACCAUUCGUAUUCCAGCUGAAUUUGUUUCAUACAUUCGUGAUCUAUUAACUUUUGAUGGCAAACAUAAAUUUUCUGAUGGUGUAGGAAAAAUAUCGAGUCAAUUAAUGAAAAAGAUACAUAACUAUCUGGAUUUGGAAGGCGCUGUUUCUAGUGUAAUACAAAUUCGGUAUGGUGGAUGUAAAGGUACAUUAGCAUGUGAUCCGAGUUUAGAUGGAGAAAAAACACAAAUCUUAAUACGAGAUAGUAUGAGAAAAUUUAAUAGUGAUGAUGAUAUAUUAGAAAUGUGCAAACGGUCUAUACCACUCUUUUCAUUAGAAGAACUUUCAAAGCAUCCAGCUUUAUAUAAUGAACCAUUCUUUCGACGAUUGAUCUCUACAACAUGUAGGAAUGUUAUUGAUACACUCAAAAAUCAAGCACAUAUCGCUAUUAACACAUCCAAAGGACGCUACAUGUUUGGUGUUGUUGAUGAAUAUGGUAUACUCAAAUCGGGACAAGUUUUCAUCCAAUAUACCAGUAUGAAUGAUCGAACAGCGACAACAAUCUUGAAUAAUCAAAAAGUAGUGGUAACAAAGAACCCCUCUCAUCAUCCGGGCGAUCUGAGAACUUUUGAAGCUGUUGAUGUAGCACAGUUACGACACUUGAAAGAUUGUAUCGUUUUUCCACAACAUGGUUCGAGACCACAUCCACAUGAAAUAGCUGGUAGUGAUCUUGAUGGUGAUGAGUACACUGUUAUAUGGGAUCAAGAUCUAGUUCCUUUACUAACCGAAAAUUUUGAACCAUAUGAUUAUGAUUCAGAUACAAAACAGAUAGAAUUAGAUCGUCCAAUAACACGAAAUGAUAUAAAAGAGAAUAAUUUAACAAUAUGGCAACAGGAGAAUUUAGGACGUCUAAGCAAAAUGCAUCUGGUUUAUGUUGAUAAAUUUGGUGUUAAUGAUUCUCGAUCUAAAGAUUUAGCCGCUGGUAUUAGUAAAGAACUUGAUUCAGUUAAGAAUGGUUAUCAUCCGUAUACUGAAGCACAAAUUAUUAAUUUACAAAAUGAACUCGGUAAAACAAGAUCUGAUUAUACGGAAUACGAUAAUUAUGAAUCAUAUCCUUCUAAACAUAUACUCGGUAAACUCUAUCGAUCAGUACGUCGAGUCUUGCCUAUAUUUGAAACGAUUAAUCACGAUGUCAUCACAUGUGACAAAGCAUUUAUACAUGACAAUUGGCAAAAAUACUUAGCAGAAGCUACCGCUUUAUUCAAGAAUUAUAAAUCGGAACUAUUUGAAAUAAUAUAUGCACAUAAUUUUGAUAAUGAAAUUGAUUUGUUUUGUUGUUGUGAAUCUCAACAUGUAAAUAAUAAUGACCGAUCUGAAAUUCAAGCGACAGCUCAACAGAUGGUCAAGAAAUUAUUUAAAUAUAUAUUAGAAAAAUUUAAUAAUGAAUUAGAUGCAUCACACCUUAAAACAGACUGUAUAUGUCGACAAUGUCAACAACAAAUGGGCAAAGCAUCUGCUUGUUAUAUAGUCUGUUAUAAUGAAGCCAAGAAUUCUAAAGAUAAUAAAAACAUCAUUUUAAGUUUCCCAUGGAUAUUCACGCCAUGGUUAAUUAGAAUAAAGAAAAUCAAGCAUAACGGUGAAGAGCAGUCAGAAAAACAUCUCUGUAACAUUCCAAUGAAAUUCAAAAUCUUCUCCAAAUAUUAUAGUACAAAUGAAAGUAUUAUUUAUAUUAGAAACAAAGUAACAAAACAAGAUGAAGAAUUAAAGGUUUCUGAUGAAAGAAUUAAAUUUAUUGAAAUCAUUCAUAAUUGGUUAGAUCAGCAAGAAAUAUUUGGUAGCGAAUAUGAUGAAUGUUCUUUGAGACCAACGAUAUCAAACUCAUAUUGGAAUGAAAUUGAAACAAAAUUCAUUUUAUCAUCAAUAAUGAAUAAUAAUAUUUAUGAUACACAUCAAUGGAAUGUUAUAUUCAAAAAAGAGAAACAAAUGUCAUGUCAAAUGAGUUACAGAACAGACUAUUAUUCAAUGAAUGAUGAAUUGUUAGAUAUUUGCUUUACUGAUACAAUUGCUAGAGACGACAUACAUCUAGCAUUGCUGAGUGAGUAUCUCAUGCAUGGUUUCUUAAAUAUGACUGUUGACCAUUAA